AUGAUCAAGAAUUUAGGAUAACUGUCAAAGUCAACAAUAAAGAAUCAUCAUCAUUUACAUUAUUUACGUCUAACAAGAAUCUUGCAGAAAUCCGAAAUCUGCUUAUGAAAAGGAAUGAUAAAUUCAGGAUGGGGACAAAUCGUUAUUUUUCGGACAAAUUUGAUAGAAUUCUAC